AUGUGUUAUCUGUGCGCUAAUAAUUUCAUCAUAGAAAAUGGUCAACUUUUCAAUAACUUCAAAUAUCAAUGUUAUUCAGAUAGUUCAUUGAUUGCUCAGAUAUUUGUUCGAUUAAAUAUAUUAUGUGCUGCUGAAUGUAUAAACAAUCCAAAUUGUCGAACAACAACAUAUAAUAAACUAAAUCAAAGUUGUUUAAUGUAUACAGAAUCCAGUACACUUGGUCAACUUAUUUCAAAUAAUAACACGAUUAUCUUUGAAAGUCAAGUGCCACGCAGUUGUGCAAACUGGACUGUUCAAAGUAAUGUUGAUUACCCUGGUGGUGAUAUCGCAGAAUUAGUUGGAUUAACCCUAAAUGAAUGUCGUCAAUGGUGUAAUUUAACCGUUAACUGCAUUGGCUUUUCAUACUCAAAUGUCGAUAUUCCCUGUCAAUUAAAUUCAAACAUUGAAUCAAUCAAUGGUUAUGAACAAGAACAGCUUCUAUCCCUUGAAGAAGCUUGUCAACCGCUGCACAAUAUCCUUGGUACAGAACUUCAACUCUACGUAACUAUUGCCAAACUGAAUUCAAAACAACCUAAACAUGAACUCACUCCAGAUGAAUCAGCAUCUAUCUAUUUAUAUACCAUGGAAUGGAAUCAACCAGAAAAUAGUCUUCAUGUUCUCCUUAAUCAAGCACUCGUUGCUAUCGAUCGAAAGCAACUUCAAUAUUGGUAUAAAUAUUUGAAAUUAUUCUUUACAGCACUCUUCAAACUACCAUAUGCUGAAUAUCAUACUGUUUGGCGUGGUGUUCCUAAAGAUGUGACUGAAUACUACCGAGAAGGAGAUGAAAUAACAUGGUGGUCGUUGACUUCUGCAACAUCUUCAUUCAAUAUUCUUCAAUCACCAAUGUAUUUAGGGAGAGAAAAAGUACAAACAAUAUUUCAGAUUAAAACAAGAAAUGGAAAAUCAAUCCGAGAACAUUCACAUCUUGAAAGUGAAGAAGAAAUUCUACUUCUACCUGGAAUUGUUCUUAAAGUGAUGGGAACUUCUAAACAAGGAGUUGGAAUUCAUAUAGUUCAUUUGCAUGAGGUUCCAUUAUAUGAUGAUCAACAAAUGAAUGAAACAUCUUCAUCUAUAACAAAUAAUCAAUUAGAUGAAUAUCGAAAUCCACAACUGGAACAAAUAAUUCGAUUAUCCGAACCACCUGCCGCACUAGGUAUGGAAUCGAUGAAUUUGAAUGAUCGAGAUAUGGAAAUAGUUGUGAGAUUAGGUAUUGUGGAGAAGGAGCGUACGGGAGUGAAUCUUAGCCACAACGGAAUCACAUCAGUUGGUGCUUCUCUUUUGGGUCAAUCGUUCUAUAACAUGAAAUAUAUUGGAGAACUCAAAUUGUGUGGAAAUCGACUACUUGAUGCAGGUGUUCAAUGUAUUGCUAGAGGAUUGGCAAAUAAGGAGCUAGGUCUUAUAGGUCUAUAUUUGGACUUAGUUGGAAUGACAGAUGCAAGCUGUGAGUAUCUCGUAGAGGCAGUUCGAAUUAAUGGACGGAUACGUCUCCUUUAUUUAUUCGAUAACAAAAUUAGUGAUUAUGGAGUACAAGUAUUAAUGGAAAUACUCAAAUUUGAUCAGCGUGGUGGUAUACCUGGGCUAGGCUUAUCUGAGAAUAAAUUGACAACUGAUGCAAGUGUAGAUAGGAUCUGCUCUGCUAUGUUUACAUAUCCUGAGUUUCGAAAAAUACAUCUACGUAACUGUAGUCUUUCCAUGGCAGCUAUAGGGCGACUUCAAUUAGCAGUGCAACAGCGAGGUUCAUUUUCCCUUUAUGUGUAA